CGGAUGUGUCUUCGAACGAGUUGUGUUAGUAGAUACAUUUAUAAUCACACGCGCUGUUUGUCAUUCACAGUUGCAAACAGACAGGCAAACUCUGCUUAAUCUGUAUAUGAGAGCUCUCAUCCUGGGAGGUUAGUAUGUGACUCUCGUGAGCCGUCCAUCCCGUCUCGCAUGGUUACAGGUGUAAAGGAACCAUGUCUGAUGAAGGAGGGACCUGGAGCAGUGAUGAAGGUCAAAGGUGGGAUUCCAGUUUUACAGUCCUGGGGGAGGACGACUUGAAAAAGGACCUUCAUAGAAGAGAAGAGUGGUCAGACAUCUCUGAUGAUGAAAGUCCUGCUGUUUAUGCCGAUAUCUCGCACUCAACAGCAUACCAAUACAAUGCCAUCCAGCCAAAGGGGACGGUGUGGGACAGCAGUUAUUUGUCCUAUGAAUCAUCUGUUGCUGUGCAUGGAACACCAGCAGCUUUCAGUUUCCCAUUUCAUCAAGACGGUGUAUUUUGGGGUCAGCAGCAGCAAGUGGUCUUACCUGAAGUUGCUUCAGGAAGCACUGAGUACCCAGUUGCGCCAUAUCCAUCAGUAUCAUACCCAUCGGCAUUAUAUCCAUCAGCCAUUUACCAGAUGAUGGAAGAAAAGACUAUGGCUUGUUCUUUGGAUGAAGGAAGAAAGAUAGAGGAAGAGGACAAGAAGAAAAGCAGAAACCUGUCCUUUAUUGAACAGACAGUCGCUGAUGAAAGACACAAGGAGGAUCCACCCAAGGACAGUUGUCAUCUAGGCUCUGAACUCGAGGGAAAGGAACCAGUAAUCAGCAGCUUGGCCAGUGGACCGUCAUCAAACAUCGAAUCACUUGAAACAACUGCGAGUGGUCAUUUGUCACUGGAAGAACCUCAUGCACCAAACUCAUGCUCUUCAGGACAAAAACACAAUUAUUUAGAUCCUGUGAUGUUGCCAGAGUCUAAGGCUUCCAUGUUUCAUAGAGAGAGACAAUGUGAGAGCACAGUAGAAUCUGGGCAUAGUGGUUCCACGACCUCAAGGGAACGAGGUGAGUCAGCUGUUACUGUUUUUGCCUCCACUUCAGAGUUCUCAUUGGACAGAUGUCAUAAAGGUGGAACCGCAAUUCCAUCAGAACCCUUUGCCUCACACCAGUGCGAGGCAAACCCAGUGUGUAAAAACUCCAGUGAGCCAUUAGCAAAAGAAAUAGGGAUGUCUUCGCCUCUUGAAUCACCUCCUAAUGAAUGUGACGAAAAGAGGGCGAUCAUGGCUGAUCAGCACAGAGGAACAUUAGAGGAACUAAGUCUUGAUAUAUCUGGUCAGGACGCCACUAAUAUUAACACCUCAGAGGUCACACAGCACCCGGCUUUGGCCGAAAUUGACAACGUGAAGGCUGGAGGUAGUACACAAUUAGGUAUGGGGCUCACUAGAAUACUGAAAAAACAAAAACGGAAAGCAGGUCGGCCAUUUAAGAAAAAGACCCUGUUAAAGAUGUCAAAACUUCUAGAACUAGUUAAAGAAUGUGAGAAAGACGCUAAAGAUCCGCACGUAAACGAGGCUGCUGAUGUUCCUCUAAAGCAUUUGGUAAAGAGUGACAUGCAAAGACCGAAUGCCCUCCUCAACUCCCCAAAUGAUAAAAGCCUUCCAUGUACUAGUUCUAUUCCAAGUGAAGUGAAAGAAUAUAUUCACAGCCUUAGUAUAUCUCCACUACCUAAAAGGCCCAUUCAAGUCCCAAAAGCUCCUUCACUGAUGUCUUUGAUAGCUCUAUCAGGAAAUUCCAACCAAUAUGAAGAUUGUAUGGAACGUCCCAAAAAAUGUGUACAGGCUACACAAUGUAAAGGAAAAUCACACAAGAAAGCAUUGCGCAAACUGCAAAGAACUCAAGGGACGUCCGUUUUUAGUGUUCCCCAAGAUCCCAAGUCGGCACCAGAAACUGUGCUGGCCCGGAAGACUCGUCAGUCAGCAUCUCACCGCCUAAAGAGCAUCAGAAAAACACGAAAGAAAAAAGUAGAUAUGAAUACAGAGAAGUGGUCCACCAGUAGCCAAAGCAACAGUGUUACAUCAUCACAUAAACCAGUAAACCUGCCAGUAGUAGGUUUCAGUAAACUGCAGGCACUGAAGGCUCAUUCUCUUGAGCACACGGGAGAGACCCCUUUCUUCUGUUCUCAUUGUGGCUACGCUUGCAGUGAUCUGCAGACACUGAGGGCACACCAGACCUCUAGGAUUUGCUCUACAAGGAAGCAAGACGACAUCGAGGGCUUCUUGGUCCAGAUGGGAGUGGAUGAAACAUUCCUCAGCGAAGAAAGCCUUAACACUCACCAGUGCGAGAAUCACAGGCCCCGUCGAACACUGAGAUGCGAGGUCUGUGGAAAGGGCUUCUCCAGUUUGAGAAACUGGGUUAAACACAGUCUGCUUCACAAUGGGCGCAGUUCCCACAGCUGCCUCCUGUGCUACCAGUCAUUCACCAACAACCGUGCCCUGCAGAUCCACUUGAAGAUGCACAACAAUGACCUCAGAUUCCCGACGUCUGAAAUCCCGUCUGAGCCUCUUCUGUUUCCACAUCAGUGCUGGCACUGUAAUGCCAGUUUCUCCUCUGGAGAGCUGCUCUAUGCCCAUCAGAUAUGCCACGCUGUAGGGGGAAAGCCUCCAGCUAGGCCAAAGGGUGCUCCUACUGGCCAAAGAACCACCAAUGAUGUCUCAAGGACACUGCCUCAGCCCACUGUUCCGGAAUCACCUUCUGUUCUAGUGCCAGCUGUGGAAGAACAAGCUCCUGUUCCAGAGAUCACUGACGAAAGCCUGUUUCACUAUGCCCAUCCUGACAGCCUCUAUGUGGCUCUUCAGCUAGCCAUCCUCGGGAUGAACCAACUCUGA